GAUCCACCAUUACCCAAAUUUUACCAUCUCAUGUUUUUCAACCUUUUCACACUCUCUUCUUUCCCACUUCUCCCUUCAUCACUCUUCUCUCUCUCUCCCUAAACACAUUCAACUACACCAAAAAGAGAGAACAAAAAAAACCCACAAGUUAGUUCACAAUGUGCUAUUACUCUUUCUUCUUCUUCUUCUUAUGCAUUCUCAUCUUCUUCAAACCAAUCUCAUCAAAUGAACCAAGAAGAUUCCUUCAUCAACCUUUUCCACAAAACAACAAUCUCUCACCUUCAUCACCUCCUUCAUCACCACCUCCAUCACCAAAUCCAAAAUACCCAUUUUCUACUACACCCCCUAACACUUCAUCUUCUUCUUCCACACCCCCCUUUUUCCCUACAUACCCCUCAACCCCACCACCACCUUCACCUUCUUCCUUCGCUUCAUUCCCAGCUAACAUUUCAUCUCUCACUAUCCCACAAACCCAAAAACCCAAAUCGUCAUCUUCCAAACUCCUCGCCGUCGCCAUUACUGCCGUAAUCGCUGCCGUCGCUGUCGUCGCAAUCUCAGCUUUCAUUUACUGUCGCAGAAGUCGCAAUAAAAGAUUCUUAGCUGAUGAUAAAACACUCAGAUCCGACAGUAGUAUUCGUCUCUUCCCUCGCGACGGUGGCGUCGCUACCAUCGCUAAAUCGAGAAACGUUUCUUCUACUAGCUCCGAGUUUCUUUACCUUGGUACUAUUGCUAACUCUCGUGCCGAUGAACUACCUGAUCCACGUGGUGCCGGUGGUGGUGGUCGGAAUCCAAGAAAAAUGGACUCGCCGGAGCUACAGCCGUUACCGCCGCUUAUGCGACAAGGCUCGAUGUUCGAUGAAGGUAAUGGUGGUGCUACUGUUACAGUUGGUGAAGAUGAUGAAGAAGAGUUUUAUUCUCCAAGAGGUUCUUUAAACGGAAAUGGGUCGGGUUCUCGGAGAGUUUUUGCCGGAAUUUCAGCUGAGAAUUUGGUGGGUCGAAGUAGCAGUGAAUCUACUUCUUCAUCUUCUUCGUAUUCAUCUUCUUCUGCUUCACCGGAUCGUUCUCAUUCGAUCAGUCUUUCUCCACCAGUGAGUUUGAGUCCAAGAAGAUCACAACCAAAGUCGCCGGAAAAUGUUGUAACUCCGGCACCGACACAGCCACUACUUGUUAGUGACGUUGGAAGAAGCUCGUUGUCAUCGUCACGUGCUUCUUCUAACCGUCAUGUGCAGUCUUGUUCUUCAAUGUCUUCAUCUCCUGAGAAAAUCUUCGCCGGAGAAUGUAAGUCGCCGUCUUUAUCACCGUUGAAUCUUUCACCGACGAAAAAUUUAGACGGGUCUUUUGUUAAAGUUGAAAAGACUCAAUCUUGUAAUGAAGAGGGUUCUUCUUCGCCGAGAUUAUCGAAUGCUUCUAGUGGUAAAUCAUCGUCUUCUUCUUCGUCGGCGUUUACUUUGCCAUCGCCGGAGAAGAUGAUGACGAUGAUGAAUCUUCAUAGCAAUCAUGGCUUGGAUCAGUCUCCAACAAUUUCAGAUGUUUCAGAUCGGUUUAGACAUUCUCCUCUUUCAUCAUUGCCACUUUCACCAACGCUUCUUUCGUCGCCUGAGAGAGAUAUAAUGAGCACUCAACCACCACCGCCGCCGCCGCAACCAGCUUCUAGGAAGCAUUGGGAGAUUCCUGACCUGUUAACACCAAUUGCUGAAUCACCAGCUAUUUUGAAUCAGAAUGGUGUUUCUCAGAGAAAACAUUGGGAGAUUCCUGUUCUUUCAACACCAAUUACACCUUCUAAUAGAGUUUCAGCUCCUCCUCCACCACCACCACCACCACCACCUCCACCUCCACUGACAAUGCCGAUGAAGCAGCGGAAGCAAUGGGAAGUACCUUCUCCAACAACUCCUGUUGGUCAACAGGUGGUUUGUAGGCCGCCGGAAUUGAAACCUCCUUCAAGGCCUUUUGUGUUGCAAACUCCUUCAAAUACAUUGGUUUCUCCAGUUGAGUUGCCACCUAGUUUUGAGGAGAAUGAAGAGGUUUCUAAACCAAAGUUGAAGCCUUUGCAUUGGGAUAAAGUGAGGGCUAGUUCCGAUCGUGAAAUGGUUUGGGAUCAUUUGAGGUCCAGCUCUUUUAAGUUGAAUGAGGAGAUGAUAGAAACGUUGUUUGUGGUGAAUACACCAAAUCCAAAACCAAAGGAUGCUACUCCACGUUCAGUUCUUACACCUCCAAGUCAUGAGGAUAGGGUAUUGGAUCCGAAAAAGUCUCAAAAUAUUGCUAUCUUGCUUCGAGCGGUUAAUGUUACGGUAGAGGAAGUGUGUGAAGCCCUAUUGGAAGGUGUUACUGAUACACUCGGAACUGAACUACUUGAAAGCUUGUUAAAAAUGGCGCCAAGCAAGGAAGAAGAGCGCAAAUUGAAGGAACAUAAAGACGACUCUCCAAACAAACUCGGUUCUGCUGAGAAAUUUUUGAAGGCAGUUCUCGAUGUACCUUUUGCAUUUAAAAGGGUGGAAGCUAUGCUUUACAUAGCCAAUUUUGAAUCUGAAGUGGAGUAUAUUCGUAAAUCCUUUCAGACUCUAGAGGUUGCAUGUGAAGAGCUGCGAAACAGUAGAAUGUUCUUGAAGCUUCUAGAGGCCGUGCUCAAAACUGGGAACCGCAUGAAUGUUGGAACAAACCGAGGUGAUGCGCAUGCAUUCAAGCUCGAUACACUUCUCAAGCUGGUUGACGUUAAAGGCGCAGACGGUAAAACAACUCUUCUACACUUUGUUGUACAGGAAAUCAUUAGAACAGAAGGAGCUCGUCAUUCAGAUACUUCUACUAAUCAAACACCGAGCGCAACAUUGAUUGACGAUGCCAAGUGCAGAAGACUUGGUCUUCAAGUAGUAUCUAGUCUAAGUUCCGAUCUAGCGAAUGUGAAGAAGGCCGCGACAAUGGACUCCGAAGUCCUCACGAGCGAAGUCUCUAAACUUUCAAAAGGAAUCACACACAUUGCCGAGAUCGUGAAAUUGAAUCAAACGGUGGGAUCAGACGAAACCGUUCGCAAAUUUGCAGAAUCAAUGAAUAAGUUUAUGAGAAUGGCCGAGGAGGAGAUUUUAAGAAUUCAAGCACAAGAAAGUGUUGCUUUAUCACUUGUGAAAGAGAUCACGGAGUAUUUUCAUGGUAACUUAUCUAAAGAAGAAGCUCAUCCAUUUAGAAUCUUCAUGGUAGUAAGAGACUUCUUAACGGUUCUUGAUAGGGUAUGCAAAGAAGUUGUUAAUAUAAAUGAAAGGACCAUGAUUAGUUCUGCUCAUAGAUUUCCUGUUCCGGUGAACCCUAUGCUUCCACAACCACUUCCUGGAUUACAUGGAAAGAGACAUUACAGUUCCUCGGAUGAUGAUAGUUCAUCUCCUUAGCGCAUGUUUGGAUCGGCAGUGAGUUAGAUAGAAUCAAUGUGUCACUGUGAUUUAGGCAAAGGCUGCAUUUUGAUGCUUCAACAAAAUUAAGGUGCUAUCGUGAUUUCGUCAAAUUCACUGCAAUUCCAAAUAUGCAGUUAGGUGUGUAUAUCUCAUUAGUGUCACUGUGACAUCUUGGCUGCAUCUUCUAUUAGAAAAACAACCUUUAACCAGGUGAUUUUGAUGGGGUCAUGGAGGAUGCAUUAUGGUCUGGCCCAAAUGAAUAUUUUAUUUUUUGUUAAAUUGUAAAAAUCCUUGUAAAAGAUUUGGGUUAUAUAUAUACACUAGAUUAUAUAUAUAGAGAGUAGAAUAUUUUCUGAGAAAAAUAAGCUUGUGCCUUUUAUGAAGGUUAUGUAUCAUAAUGUUGUGUACAAAGCAAUUCAAAUGGCAAAUUGGAGACACCACUUGGUUGCCAAUGAGCUAUUAAUAGAUAUAAUGUAGUUUUCUAAAA